AUGACCCAGCUCCUUGGGAUAGAUUUCGCUCCUCUAAACAUCCCAUGGGAGCGGCGACUUCAAACUUUGGGUGCAAUACAUUUCGUGAUGUUAUCGUUAAUACUACCUGUGCUGACUAUGCUUCUACCUAUUUACUUGUUCUUCUCUCGUCUAUGGCCCUUAGUAGUCGCCUACUCCGUCUGGUUAUACUACGACUGGGAUUCACCAAAACGAGGAGCAUAUCGUUCGACAUGGUUUAUGCGGCAACGCAUUCACGAUUGGUACGCUAACUACUUCCCGGUCAAAUUACAUAAAACUGCUGAACUCAGCCCUGACGAGAACUACCUAAUCGGAAGCCAUCCGCACGGGAUAAUUUCGAUGUCCGCAUUUGUGAACUUUGCUACAAAUGGAACAGGAAUACUGGAAAUGUUUCCAAAGAUCGAUUUCCAUCUAUGCACUCUUGUUGGCCAGUUCUACACACCUGUUCGGAGAGAAUGGGGUCUUCUACAUGGAAUGAUUGACUGUAGCAGGGAAAGUCUGACUCACAUACUUACAGGGAAAAAGGGAAAAGCUUGUGUCUUGGUUAUUGGUGGGGCCGAAGAAGCACUCGAUGCACAUCCUGGACAUCACAUACUAACUAUUCAUAAACGCAAAGGGUUCAUUCGGCUGGCAUUGAUGACCGGUGCUCAAUUAAUCCCUUGUUAUUCGUUCGGGGAAAAUGAAAUUUAUGACCAGGUAAUUUUUGUUAAUCGGUAUAAUCAGCUCUCCGAUUUUUGA